GUCAAGAACUGUGAGAACUCUGUCUGGAACAGUGGCCCUGCUGAUGGUGCCAGCUUCCUGAACAGCUCUUGUUCAGAAAGAUUUGAUUGGACAGUUGAUGAUUGAAAGCUUUUAGGGGAUCCUAAUGAUGCGAAGGCCCAAGACAGUGAAGGGGAGAAGUUCAGUGACCCACGUGAAGGCACACAGCAAAUCAGUGGACCAGGAUACCAGGACCACAGGGCUCAGCCUGUGUCUGUGCCUUGGUUUUGCGUCUGCCCCCACCCUCCUACUAUACCUCCUGCCCCGGCGCCCACCAUCUGGGUUAUGAUUCCAAUGGCUUCUCUUCCAGGGGACAGAAGAAGGGUUCUAAGCUCUCUUGAGUCAUGGCUUCUUCAAAGCUCCGAGAACCCGUGGAUGAAGUUUUUGACCUGGACUUGGCUGUGCCAGAGACGGCCAGACUGGACAGCAGUUUACACAAGGCCCGGGCCCAACUGUUGGCCAAGGGCCGGAGACACCGGCCGUCCCGCUCCAGGCUUCGGGACAGUGCCAGCUCCGCGGAGGAUGGUGAAGGCUCGGAUGGGCCCGGAGGCAAGGUGACCGAUGGCUGCGGGAGCCCCCUGCACCGGCUGCGCUCGCCUUUGCACUCAGGCCCGGGGUCCCCGGCCGGGGGCUCUUUCUGCCUGGAUCCUCCGGGGUUGCGGCGCAGCCUGGACGAGGACGAGCCGCCGCCCUCGCCGCUCACACGCUACCGGCCCCUGCACAACGCUGCGUCGCACGAGGGCCUGGCCGCCGCCUCCUGCUCUCCGCCGCGCUCCGCGCCCUCCUCCGACAGCUCCCCCAGCUUCGUGCGCCGCCACCCGCGCGCAGAGCCGCACAGCGAAGAUGACAGCCGUGACGCCAGUCCUCCUGAGCCCGCCAGCCCCACCAUCGGCCUCGAUAAGAAGACUCGCCGAAAGUUCCUGGACCUGGGGGUCACCCUGCGCCGAGCAUCCACGGGCAAGAGCCGGAAGGAGAAAGGCAGCAACCGACUGUCCAUGGGCAGCAGGGAGUCAGUGGAGGGGUCCGGCAGGUCAGGGGGCUCCCCGUUCCUGCCUUUUUCCUGGUUCACGGACAGCGGCAAGGGCUCAGCAUCCUUGGGUAGCACCACCUCCCCCGCCUGCUCCCCUAAACACGAGGGCUUCAGCCCUAAGAAGUCAGCUUCCCAGGAAUCCACUCUGAGUGAUGACUCCACGCCCCCCACCAGCAGCCCCAAGAUCCCCAGUGGGCCCCGGCAGGAGGCCAAAUGUUCUUACCCCUACCACACGCUGUCUCAGUCUUCAGAUGAGUUCCUGGAUGAACCCCUCCCCCCUGUCCACCACUGGACCAGCCAGCAGGUGGGCCAGUGGCUGCAGAGCCUCAACCUGGAACAGUAUGCUGCUGAGUUUGCUGCACGGCAGGUAGACGGGCCGCAGCUGCUGCAGCUGGACGGAAGCAAACUAAAGAGCCUGGGGCUCAGCAACUCUCAUGACCGGGCACUGGUGAAGCGCAAGUUGAAGGAGAUGGCAGCGGCUGCCGAGAAGGAGCGCAAGGCCCAGGAGAAGGCUGCGCGGCAGCGGGAGAAGCUCCGGCGCCGAGAGCAGGAGGCCAAGAAGAGCUAGGGGAGGGUGCACAGGCGCUGGCACCCGGCAGGGGCAGCCACUGGCUCCGCGGGCAGAGGCCUCACCAGGGAGGCUGGACCUGGGUGCUGCACUUGGGCUAGCCUGGUCCCACGCUCUCAGGGGGGACAUGCUCUCUCUUACCCUGUCACUUGGUCUAGACCCAGAGCCCCCAGAAAGGGAGACCCCAGGGAGAGGGCCUAGUAAUAAAUCCUAUUUUGAGGACUUGUUUGGCACAGAGUUCCUGGGGGAGGAGCAGAUGAAGGGGAGAGGGCAGAGAGGCCAGGGCUGAGGCAAGUCUGGGAGCCUGGGUCAGGCUGUCCCAUUGCCCUCAGGCCAUCGUGGGGCUGGGGUGGAGGGGAGCUAGGAGACCUGCCUGCCUGCUUGCCUGCCAGAGGCCCUGAGGCCGGGCCCCAGGGCUCAGAGCUGGGCUGGGCAUUUCAGCAGGAGCCCAUGUGGGAGCGGCUCCUCUCCACUCUUCCAGGGGGCUGUGUGGUGGGAGAGCUCUGUCCUGCUCCCCCAAGAGGCCAGUGGGCACUGCAGCAAGUCGCACUCAGGGUAGACUCCCAGCCAAACUCCUCAACAGGAGCGCAGAGAAAGCAGCCUGGGGCGAGUGCAGUCUUUGCCAGGACUCAAAAGGGGAGGAUGAACAUCCCCUUCUCCCUCUCCCCUCCUCUGUCCUGUGGGUCCCAGGGGGCGAGAUGACACCACACAGGUCUGCCUCUCAGGGCCCAUUCAAGACCUGGUCUUUGACCCAUUCUCCAAGCCAGGACUCCCUUCACUUCCUGCUGCUUCCUCAGAGGGCACCUAAGUCCUCUUUGGGAGCUGAGCAAACAGGAACUGAUAGGGACAGAGGACACCACUUCCACCAGCCAAGGCCUAGGAGCUGCUGACCUGGUCAGCCCUCACCCCAGCCAGGCAGAGAGGCAAAACCUGGGGGUCCCCGGCAUCUACGAGAUUGGAAAGGUUCAUCAGCCCUCCCCCAUCUGCCCCAGGCAUUGUCAGGGAAUCAGUGGGCUCAGAACUGGCAGGCGGUGCAAGCUCUGCUUCCCUGGGCCACACUGAGGGCUGGGGCCAGCUCCCUGGAUGGGGGUGGAGUUUACCAGCAGCCUGGGGACAGCAUGUGUCCUUUUUAGGAAAUGUCCUUGGAGGAAGUGUUCAUGUGUGGCGCUGGUCAGCAGCUAGUCCGGCUUCCAGGACACUGGUCAGAGUUACCGAUGAGGCCCCGGGGCUCCUGCUUGGAAACCCCUCCAGCUCCUCCCAUCUGCCCAGACAGAGCGACAGAUGGCACCAAUGCAUGCUGGCUCCCUCAUUCCUGCCCAGGGGCUGUGGCUUACGGCCAGCACCCUGUACCUGGGACUCAGCCCUUAUCCCCCCUCUGCUAUCUGUGCUGGGAGAGGGGCUUCGGAGGGAAACAGAUAUGAGGACACUGGCACCAUCUGGGCCUGGUGGCAGGGCCAUGGGAGGUUGGAAGGCACCCACAUCCUUAAAGCCAUCAGUAGCUAUAGUGGGUGCCCACCUGCAUGUGAAGGGGAGGCAGUUCUCAAUUUAUUUCAAUAAAUACUUAUGAUGUGCCAGUGACCAGAA